AAAAUUCGCGUAAAAACUUCUAAAACACAAAAUGCAAUUAUAGUUAGCAAUAGUAUGGGCUAUAUAGCCGCCAUUGUUUGUUAACAGGCAUUCCUUCAUUUCUUAUCGAGCAAUAAAACCACAGCGAACCUAGACGAACUUUGCUUGCAAAACAACCGGUGCCUACGUGACUGGCUGGCUCAGCGUUUUUCUCACGUUUCCUAUUCGUUGCGCUUUCCCAUUUAACGGUCCACACAUAUAAGUACAGUAAUACAAGACGUAGGGAACAAUUCUGAGCAAACAUGAAGGUCUUUAUAGCAGUUGAUAACAGUGAACUAGCGGAAAAAGCUUUUGACUGGUAUUAUCGUGAAUUGCACAAAGAUGGAAAUGACGUUUUGGUUGCUCAUUCUGCUGAAUAUCCGCACAUCGGGAGCUAUGCGUUCUUGGGGGGCCAACUGCCAGUCGAAGAAAUUCAUGCAGCUAGCGCUGAAGCUACCAGGAAAUACGAAGCUUUGAAAGAAAAAUAUCUCAAGAAAAUAGAAGACCAACAGUCUGCGAAAAUCUUUUUCGAAGUUCAUGAAAAGCCAGCAGAGGGCCUCGUUAAGAUGGCCGAGAAGUCUCAUUGUGACUUCAUAGUUAUCGGGUCGAGGGGUCUUGGGGCAGUCCGUCGUACGAUACUAGGUUCCAUCAGUGAUUAUGUGAUGCAUCAUGCUAAGGUGCCAGUUAUGGUGUUUCAUAAAUAAACAAUACCCCGUCGUUGGUAACUUUGGGUCAUGAAUAUAUCUCACUAAAAAAGCCACACAUUCGUAAAGUUUUCAUUCUUUAUUACUGGAUACGUACGUUAAAUUUUGCAUGUUUCCAAAAAUAAACAAGAAUAACAUUUUCUGAAUAGGUAGAACUUAAUUAAAAAUGAUAUUCAUUUAAUAACAACCAGAUGUUCGAAAGUUUCAAAUGUUUUUUUAUUAAAAAAGUUGUUUUGUAUCAGUUUGAUUAGGAAAAAAAUAAUAAUUUGAUUGGUGCAGUUGCCAUAAACCUUUUCGUUUUUGUGAAACUUGUUUCUCGUUUCAGUUGUUAAACUUUGAUGUUGUGGGAAAACAACUUUUGUUUUUCAACAAAAUUUUCUAAAUUUCACUUUGUUUUUGUUGUAUCUAUUGCAAAUUUUAAAUUCCCUGUUUGUGUUUUAUUCGUUGUAGUAGUAUGUAGCUGAUUGAUUAUAACAUAGAAAUAUCUUCUUAACAUUUUCGUUAAUUCCAACCUAUAUUUACCCCUUGUUAAUUGCAUAAUCUGAUAAAAAAAGCCAAGUGUCUAAAAUUUCACAACCGUUGAUACGAACUUAUUGGUGCUAUGUACAUUCAUGCGUGAGUGUGUGUGAAGGAUGCAAUAAACUUGGAUUUGUUAA